AGGGUAUCUUUGCCCAAAAACAUGAAAACAGCUGUGACCAGCAGGUGGCACUGGUGACCGACAGACCAUGAAGCUAAAGGAACUUGAGCGGCCAGCUGUCCAAGUGUGGAUCCCAGCCAGCCAGUACCCAGUGUAUCUGGCCACAGGAACAUCUGCCCAGCAGCUAGAUGCCUCCUUUAGCACAAAUGGCACAUUGGAAAUCUUCCAAGUUGAUUUCAGGGGCCCUUCUCUGGACUUGAAAUGCAAGGGAGCCCUUUCUGCCUCCAGCAGGUUUCACAAGCUGAUCUGGGGGAGCUUUGGCAAUGGGCUUCUGUAAGGCUCUGGGGUUAUUGCAGGCGGUGGGGACAAUGGCAUGCUUACUCUAUACAAUGUGACCCACAUCCUGUCUUCGGGGAAGGAGCCUGUGAUUGCCCAGAAACAGAAGCACAUGGGGGCUGUCAGAGCCCUCGACUUUAAUUCUUUCCAGGGCAACCUCCUGGCCUCAGGGGCCAGUGACUCUGAAAUCUUCAUUUGGGAUUUGAAUAACCUGAGCGUGCCAAUGACUCCAGGAUCCAAAUCACAGCAGCCCCCAGAGGACAUCAAGGCCGCUUGGAACCGGCAAGUCCAACACAUUCUGUCUUCUGCUCAUCCCAGUGGCAAGGCAGUUGUGUGGGAUCUCAGGAAGAAUGAGCCUAUCAUCAAAGUCAGUGAUCACAGCAACAGGAUGCAUUGCUCAGGCCUGGCCUGGCACCCAGACAUAGCCACCCAGUUAGUACUAUGCUCAGAAGAUGAUCUUCUUCCGGUGAUUCAGCUGUGGGACUUGUGCUUUGCCUCCUCACCCCUCAAGGUGCUAGAGAGCCACAGCAGGGGGAUCUUGUCAGUGUCUUGGAGCCAGGCUAAUGCUGAACUGCUACUUAGUAGUGCCAGGGACAACCAGGUCUUGUGCUGGAACCUGGAGAACAGUGAGGUGGUAUAUAAACUACCACAGAGCAGCUGGUGCUUUGAUGUGCAGUGGUGCCCUCGGGACCCUCCAGUGUUCUCUUCUGCUUCCUUUGAUGGCUGGAUCAGUUUGUACUCUGUGAUGGGUAGGAACUGGGAAGUCCAGCACAUGAGACAGGCUGACAAGGUCUUCUUUUCCAUCAGCAAAGGCCAGCCUCUCCCACCAUUGCAGGUGCCAGAGCAGAUGGCCCAAGCAUCACUGAUACCUCCCCUGAAAAAACCUCCCAAAUGGAUUAGAAGGCCUGUAGGCGUUUCAUGUGCUUUUGGAGGGAAGCUGAUUACCUUUGGCCUCCCCAGCUCUCCUGCCCAUCAUAUGCCACCGCCGUGCCCCAACCUAGUCUUCAUCAGUCAAGUCACUACAGAAUCUGAAUUCCUGAUGCGGUCAGCUGAGCUACAAGAGGCACUGAGAUCUGGAAGUCUCCUGAAUUAUUGUCAAAGCAAGAGCCAGCAAGCUUCACUGCAAAGUGAAAAGAUGCUAUGGCAGUUCCUAAAGGUGACCUUAGAACAAGACUCCAAGAUUAAAUUCCUAAAGCUUUUAGGAUACAGUAAAGAUGAGCUUCAGAAUAAGGUGGCCACAUUGUUGAAGAGUGACCUGGGGCUGGGUGAGAGCCCUCAGUCCAAGGGAAAUGACCUCAACAGUAACAGACAACAGGCCUUCUACAGCCAGGCCUCCAAACACACCACAGAGGAAGCCUCUGCUUCCUCAGCCUUCUUUGAUGAGCUGGUCCCUCAAAACAUGACUCCAUGGGAGAUCCCCAUCACAGAAGAUGCUGAUGGACUCCUGAGCCAGGCUCUCUUGCUUGGGGAACUGGGCCCUGCUGUGGAGCUGUGUCUAAAGGAAGAGCACUUUGCUGAUGCUAUCAUCCUGGCCCAAGUUGUGGGAACAGAUAUGCUGACAACCCAGAAGCACUACCUGGCCAAGAGAAAAAGCAAAAUCUCCCCGCUUCUGGCCUGUGUUGUGCAAAAGAAUUGGAAGGACAUGGUGUGUGCCUGUAGCCUGAAGAACUGGAGAGAGGCACUGGCCUUGCUGCUGACAUACUCAGGCCCAGAGAGAUUCCCUGAGCUCUGUGACAUACUGGGAACUCGCACGGAGCAGGAGGGCAGCAGGGCACUAACCUCUGAAGCCAGACUGUGUUAUGUGUGCUCGGGGAGUGUGGAGCGGCUGGCAGAGUCCUGGGCAAAAUGCCCCCAGGCUUUAUCCCCCAUGGCUCUGCAGGACCUGAUGGAGAAGAUGAUGGUCCUUAACAGAAGCUUGGAGCUACUGCGAGGUCCCAGUGGGAUGAACCCAAGCCCUGCCACAACCCACUGGGUCACUCAGUAUGUCAACCACCUGGCAGCCCAGGGCAGCCUGGCCACUGCCAUGAACUUUCUACCCAGUGACUGUCCACAGCUACCAGUACAGCAGCUGAAAGAUCGGCUUUUUCAUGCCCAAGGUUCUGCUGUCUUGAGCCAGCAGGCUCCCCCUUUUCCCUUUCCCCUGAUUGUUGUGGGAGCUACCCCCCACUCUAAAAAGACAUUAUCUCACAGAUUGGGAUCCCAGACUUCUCACCAGGUAAGACCUGGUUUGUUCCAACUCCCAUCUUCAAAGCCAAGUCUUUUCACAUCUCAAUCAUCCCUAGUGAUGUCCUUGACACCUUCCUAUCCUAAUCCUUAUCAGGGUUCCAGGAUGCAGAACCUGAGUGACUGUAGGGUGCCUGGGCCUCAAGUUGCCCAGCCUUUACCUUUGGACCCUGGGACAAGACCUGCUCUAUCUCAGCCACGGCUGUUAGGAGGACAAAGAGCUCAAGUUCCUAAUCCUGUGGGAUUCUUUGGAACAUGGCCUCUUCCUGACCCCCCUCCAUCUAUGGCAUCCCUAGACAUCAUGCAGCCUGGCCCUCCCUCCCUGCCUGAAACUUCUAAACUGCUCCCUCUGCUUCCUAUGAGACCACUAGGUCCCAGCCCCAUGAUCUCCCAGCCACCAGGCCCUCCUGCCAGCUUCCCUGUGGCAUACCCUCCCGGAGGACCAGCUGCUCCAUGCUUUAGCACCCUCCCAGCCCCUGCUAUCUUGACUCCCCAUCCAGCACCUCAAGAUUCCUGGAAAGAUGCUCCAGCCCCCAAAGGAAACCUUCAAAGGAAAAAGCUGCCGGGGACAUUUAUGCCUCCAGCACCGAUUACUGCUCCAGUUAGGAGCCUCAGCCCUGAGCUACAAGGGAUCCUGCCCUCACAGUCCCCUGUCUCCAGUGUGGGUCAAGCUCUCCCAGGAGCCCCAGGAGAACUCAACCUACAGCAACUGCCACUUGGGAAGGUGGAAAGGAAAGAGCUGCCCCCAGAGCAUCAGUCCUUGAAGACCAGCUUUGAGGCACUUCUCCAGCGCUGCGCCUUGUCUGCCACUGACUUAAAGACAAAAAGGAAGCUGGAUGAGGCAGCCCAGCGUCUAGAAUAUCUAUAUGAGAAGCUCUGCGAGGGGACUUCAAUCUCUCCACCGCUCUCGCCUCAUGUCCUGGCUGGGCUCCACGAGGUUGCCCGAUGUGUGGAUGCAGGAAGCUUUGAGCAGGGCCUCACAGUGCAUGCCCAGGUGGCAGGCUGCAGCAGCUUCAGUGAAGUGUCCAGCUUCAUGCCUAUCCUGAAGGCUGUCCUCAAAAUCGCUCAUAAGCUGCAGAUCUAA